AUUUUGGGCAUGACUGACUUGUGGCCUUGGUGGAGGGGUACAUAUGUAGCAUGUUGGAUGGAAACCAAGGCAACCGGACGCUGUACCGCCCCUUUUUGCACUUUCCCUGAGUUAAAUCUCUUCAGCGCGCAUGAAGCCGAACGCGCAUUAUGUAAACACGUGACACUGAUUGCUCUCCACCUGCUUUAGAAAAUACGCAUUAACUUUUUUUGGACAGUUUGCUUCUGUUCCACAAGGACAACAAACAUGUCAGAAGAGGAAGAAACAGCGUUUUCCGAAGACCCCAGGGUGCAGUAUUUAGGCGACAUACUCUGCCGGAUGCUCAAACUCAAAACUGAUGCGUGGGAAAAAUUUGUCAAUGUUGAAAAAAAUAAAAUGCUUUUUGCAACGUUUUUCGAAGCGCGUGUUAGAGUGCUAUUUUUCAGCGUGAACGUGUCCAACGGUCCAACUGUUUCUCCAGAGGUUUGUCAUCCCUUUAAAGACAAGCAAGUUUACAUUCUCAAAAAAGGAAAUUCCCCCAUCCUGCCAGAAACCUGUAGGGGUUCUUUACUCUUUGGGGUGCUGUCACCCUCCUUUCUGCCACAGCUGUCAGACACCAUGGAGAAGGUCUGUCUGCCACUUCUGUUGAACAAGAAGAAUCACCAAAUGUGGCCGAAUAUAAUAUCACGGGAUGUGAGGCAACACAUAGAGAAUUUGCAAAGCAAGCUGACCGUGGUGAGGGGACUGUAUUAUGGCAAAACCGUCCUUCCUGUUCCUGCCCUCGGAGAGUGGAUAGAGCUGUGUCAAGAGACAACGAUCACACUGCAAGACAGUCACAACAGAGCCAUGAUACAUGCAAUUGAGUCCAUGGUCAUCAGCUGGAUGCACAUGAUCCACAAAGUCUUAAGAGCAGAUUCUGCUGACUUGAUUGUGACAGAAUUGAACCCUGGACCAAAAGCUGAACUUGACUACUGGAGAUCCAGGAAAACGAACAUACAGAGUAUUCAUGAACAGCUACAGAGUCCUUGUGUUCAGAAAAUGAUGAGGAUUCUGGAAAUUAUAGACAGCAGUUAUUUCCCAUCAUUCAAGGCUCUGACAGAGGCUGUUUUUGAUGCUUUGCAGGAAGCCAGAGCUAUAGAUCUUCACCUUCAACCUCUUAGAUCAUUGAUCUCUCAACUGGAGGAGGAUGAGUUUUCAUCGUUCCAUACACUCAUUCCACCAGUCUUUCAUCUUAUAUUUCUGGUCUGGACUCACUGUUCAUUCUAUCGUUCACCUGCUCGCAUUGUUGCUCUGCUGCAGGAGCUCUGCAACCUCUUCAUUCGGCAGGCCACUUCAUAUCUCUGUGCAGAGCAGCUGCUGAGAGCAGAGACUGAAGAUGGUUUGGAGAGGUUACAGACUGUGGUGGGAGUUUUCAGGUGUGUCAGGGAAACAUUCAAGACAUACAGACAGAAGGUGGCUGCUUUGGCCAGUCAAUAUUGUACACCAAAGUGCUGGGAUUUCCCUUCGGCUCUUGUUUUUACUCGAUUUGAUGGCUUCUUGGCUCGUGUUUUACAGUUGAAGGCUCUUUUCUCCACUAUGCUUGAGUUCCAAAGGUUGGAGAAGCUGGUUUUUGGAGGUCUCCGAGGAAGGGUUUACACUGAGCAGGUCUCCCGACUAUAUGCAGAGUUUCUCCAGCUUUCCAAAACCAUAAGGGAUCAAGAAUACAAUCCACUCGAUUUGACUUCUCCGGAUUUCGAAAAAGACUUUUCAAGAUUCCAAGAAAGAGUUGAAGACUUUGAUCGACAGCUGUCCAGUAUUUUGUGCCUUGCCUUUCAAGAUUGUUCAGGAUUGGAAUCAGUUUUCAAACUGGUCGCUGUGCUCAAACCCCUCUUGGAGAGAGACAUCAUAAAGGAAAUGUUUAUUCCUAAUUUCUCCAAAGUGAUUCAGCUUUUUGCAGAUGAUUUGGACCGAUGCAAACACCUAUUUGAUUCUCAUCUUGAGCUGAAAAAGAGGAACAAACUGCAUUUGGGCAAGAACAUGCCUGCUAUGACAGGUUGCCUGAAGUGGGCAAAAAUGCUUCGAGACAGAAUUCAGAUCCCUUGGAACAGCUUUCAGUUUGUUCUUGAUAUGAGUAUGGAAGGAGCGGAAAUGGAACUGGUCCAUCAUAAGUACCUGGAGAUGUCCUCUCAUUUAGAUGAGUAUGAGAAUCAGGUCUAUUUGAGCUGGUGUGGCAAUAUUAACCAGGUCUGCCAGAUGAACCUGGAUCAGCCCCUAAUCAAAAGAGAUCCCAGCACUGACCUGCUGUCGGUAAACGUCAAUCAAGAGCUGAUUGAGGUGCUCAAGGACGUGAAACACCUGAAGAUCUUUGAUCAGAUGAACAUCCCUUCUGCUGCCAUGAAGGUGUAUGAAAAUAGAAAGAUGUUCUUUAAGAACCUUGGGAGCCUACAUUUACUGGUGCAGUGGUAUAACAAGGUGAAGCAGACAACUCUUGAAGUGGAGGCUCCUCUUAUGAAAGAUGAGAUGGAGACUGUUAACCUACAAAUCCAUCAAGCAGAAACUGAGCUUACAUGGCAAGACCAGAACUGCUGGAACUACAUCUGCACACUGAAGGACACUGUCUACCAGCUGGAGAGAAGACUACAAAAAACUAAAGACAAUAUUGAGAUGAUGAAAGUUCUGAUGAAUGGUUGGAGCAAACAGCCAAUGUUCUGCAGAAAAGACCAUAAGAAGGAAGCAUCACUACAACUGGAUGAUAAAGCAGGAAGAAUAGCAAAAUGCUACAGCAGUCUCAGGAAAGAUGGAGAAACUAUCCAUAAUUUGUUACAGGAGAGCAUGGUCCUUUUUGCAGCGGAUAGUUCUUCUGAUGCAUGGAAUGCCUACUUGGAGUAUGUAGAUGAUAUGGUGGUGGAGGGGUUUUUCAGUGCUGUCUCAACUUCUCUGGAGUUUUUCAUCGAGAAUAUGGAGGGAUCAGUGAGGCAGGCUCCUUUGUUUGAGGCUCAAAUGCUACUGAUGGGAUCCGAGAUUAAGUUUAAACCGUCUCUGGAUCGAGAUGGUGGUGAUGGUCUUUAUGAAUUGGUGGAAGAAUUACUAGGAGAUGUGUUCAAGAUGUCUGCUCAGGUGAAGAGAGUGGCACCUCACCUAAGCGUGGAGGACUACCAGGCUGAUGUCGAGGACAUGCUAGACCUAAUCGAUCUCCGACAUGAAGUGAUGGAGAGAGUUGAUGAAGUGAUGAAGAAAGCCUUGCAAUACCAGGACACACUUAUCAGCUACAGUCCCCUGUGGCUUGAUGACAGGGUUGAAUUUCUCAGGCAGUUCCUCCUCUAUGGUCACGCACUGACAGCUGAAGAUUUGGAAGCCUAUGGAGAAGAUGCAUUUCCAGAAAAUCCUCCCACCACAACACAAUUCAAAGAACAGAUGGAUCAUUAUGAGGAAGUGUAUGCAGAGCUCAGCCGUUUGGAGGACUGUCAGGUGUUUGACGGUUGGUUUAGAGUGGAUAUCCGUUCAUUCAAAAUGAGCCUUUUAAACAUAAUCAAAAAAUGGAGCUGGAUGUUUAAAGAGCACCUGAUGUCUUAUGUUACCGGCAGUAUUGGUGAACUAGAGGAGUUCAUGCUCCGGGCGGAAUCCAGGCUUAAAGAGCCGGUGCGUGGUGGAGACUACCAGGCUCUUGUGCAGGUGAUGGGUUACCUGCUGGAGAUCAGAGACAGGCAGACUAGCACAGACCAGCUUUUUGAACCUGUCAUCGAUGUGGUCAAUCUUCUGGAGCAGUAUGGAGAAACCCUACCUGAGUGUGUUCACAUGCAGCUUGAGGAGUUGCCAGAGAAGUGGAACAACAUGAAGAAAUUGGCCUGGUCAUUGAAACAUGAGGUUGCUCCUCUUCAUACUGCAGAGGUGGCUGUUAUUCGCAGGAAGUGUGUGGCCUUUGAGAAAAAGCUGAGUCAGUUUCGAGAAAGGUUUAAAAGAGAAGCUCCUCUCCAGUACAACACAGAGAAACCAUAUGCUUGCCUGGAUAAAUGUCACAGGGAGAUGCUAGGUUUAGAGGAAGAAAACGUAGAUCUCCAGGAGUCCUGUAAGCUGUUUGAAGUGAGCAGCCCUGAUACUAAGCAGCUCAGGCUCUGUCAGAGAGACAUUGCUGUUUUGAAACAGCUCUGGGAUCUGCUGCUUUGUGCUCAGUGCAGUAUAGCAGAAUGGACAGGGACAAUAUGGCGAGAGAUCAAUGUAGAACAUAUGGAGACAGAACUGAAGAGGUUUACAAAAGAAAUGCGGAUUCUUGAUAAAGAGGCCCGUGUUUGGGAUGUGUAUGUGAGUCUGGACUGUGUGCUCAGGGAUCUGUUGGCUUCUCUGAGGGCUGUGACAGAGCUUCUGAACCCGGCCAUGAGAGACAGACACUGGGCCCAGCUGGUCAGGACUACUGGGGUUGAUUUCACUCUGACUGAAGAAACAUCUCUUGAGGAUUUACUGGCUUUGCAGCUGCACAGAUAUGAAGAUGUGGUACACAGUACAGUUGAGAGAGCAGUCAAAGAGAUGUCCACUGAAAAGGUUUUGACUGAAAUCAGCCAGAUGUGGACACUGAUGGAGUUUUCCUAUGAAGAGCAUUACCGUACUGCUACACCAAUGCUGAAAUGCAGUGAGGAACUUAUUGAGAAUCUGGAGGACAGUCAGGUGCAGCUGCAGGUGUUGCUGCACAGUAAGCAGGCGGCAUUCUUCCAUGAGCAGGUGUUGGGGCUACAGGCCCAGCUGACUCGGGCUGACUCAGUGCUGUUGCUCUGGCUGGAGGUGCAGAGGACCUGGGCUCACCUGGAGAGCAUCUUCAUGGGCUCUGAAGACAUUCUUCAUCAACUGCCGGACGAGGCACAUCAAUUCAGCUCCAUUGAUUCUGACUUUAAGGACCUUAUGUGCAAAAGUGGCAAAACAAAAAAUGUAAUUGCUGCCACCAACAAGCCCAAUCUUCUACCGAUGCUUGAAGAUCUGCAAAAGAGACUGGCUGUAUGUAAGAAGGCACUAGCCAGAUACCUGGAGACCAAGAGAAUGGCUUUCCCACGAUUCUAUUUCCUGUCUUCAGCAGACUUACUGGACAUCCUUUCUAAAGGCAGACAGCCCAGACAGGUAACCUGUCACCUGGGUAAGCUGUUUGACAGUAUGACUGAUCUGGAGUUUUCUGACAAGGAGGGGGAAAAGGCCACAGCAGCGGUGGGAAUGUUCAGUAGAGAUGGAGAAUACGUUCCCUUCUAUUCACCGUGUGACUGCGUUGGCCCGGUUGAGCUCUGGUUGAAGUGUCUGGAGGAUGUGAUGAGGGAGGGAAUGAGGAGGCACAUAGCCGAGGCUGUGGUCGUCUACGAGGAACGUUCGCGGGAACAUUGGGUCUUGGAGCUGCCGGCUCAGGUGGUUCUCACCGCCUCUCAGAUCUGGUGGUCCGCUGACAUGAAUCUUGCAUUUGAGCGGCUGGCCGAGGGAUUUGAGACGGCACUCAGAGACUACAACAAAAAACAGAUUGCCCAACUAAACUCCUUGAUAAACAUGUUAUUGGGGGAACUGAACCCGGGUGACAGGCAGAAGAUCAUGACCCUGUGCACCAUAGAUGUUCACGCCAGAGAUGUGGUCUCCAAACUCAUCGCUCAGAAGGUGAGCAGUGCUCAGGCGUUUGCCUGGGUUUCUCAGCUCCGCCACAGCUGGGAUGAGGAGCAGAACCACUGCUUCAUCAACAUAUGUGAUGCUCAGUUUAAAUACUCCUAUGAAUAUCUGGGCAACACGCCUCGUCUGGUCAUCACACCUCUUACAGACAGAUGCUAUAUAACACUGACUCAGUCACUGCACCUGACGAUGAGCGGUGCUCCAGUGGGUCCCGCUGGCACAGGAAAGACUGAAACCACUAAAGACCUGGGCAGAGCUCUGGGGGUCAUGGUGUACGUCUUCAACUGCUCCGAGCAGAUGGACUAUAAGUCCAUAGGGAACAUCUUCAAAGGUCUGGCACAAACUGGAGCUUGGGGCUGCUUUGAUGAGUUUAACCGAAUCGCUGUAGAAGUGCUCUCAGUGGUGGCAGUACAGGUGAAGACCAUACAGGAUGCCAUUCGCAACAAGAGGAAGAGGUUUCUGUUCCUAGAGGAAGAUAUUAGCUUGAAACCCACUGUUGGGAUCUUCAUCACAAUGAACCCUGGAUAUGCCGGACGAACUGAGCUACCAGAGAACCUCAAAGCACUUUUCAGGCCGUGUGCAAUGGUGGUUCCUGACAUGGAGUUGAUCUGUGAGAUCAUGUUGAUGUCUGAGGGAUUUCAGAGCGCUCGGGAUCUGGGCAACAAGUUCAUCACCCUGUACAGGCUCUGUAAGGAGCUGCUCUCUAAACAGGAUCACUAUGACUGGGGACUGCGAGCUGUCAAACCUGUCCUGGUGGUUGCUGGAGCUCUCAAAAGAGCAGAUCGGACUAGGCCAGAAGAUCAAGUGUUGAUGCAGGCUUUGAGAGAUUUCAAUAUGCCGAAGAUCGUUUCGGAAGAUGUUCCAGUAUUCCUGGGUCUGAUAAGAGAUUUGUUCCCUGGUUUGGAGGUGGAAAGGCGGACUGAUGCAGAGUUUGAGCUGAUGGUCCGUCAGACUAGUCUAGAGUUAAAGCUUCAACCUGAGGACACGUUUGUUCUGAAAGUUGCUCAGCUUGAUGAGCUUCUAUCGGUCCAUCACUCAGUGUUUGUGGUUGGUGAUGCUGGGACUGGAAAAAGCCAGAUCCUGAAAACUCUUCACAAAACCUACUUCAACAUGGGGAAGAAGCCUUUCUGGAAUGAUCUUAACCCAAAAGCUUUAAGCAACGAUGAACUGUUUGGAUUCUUUCAUCCAACCACUCGGGAAUGGAAAGAUGGUUUAUUGUCACAUUUCAUGCGGGAUCAAGCCAGUAACUCUCACUCGGGGCCAAAGUGGAUUGUUCUGGAUGGAGACAUUGACCCCAUGUGGAUUGAGUCUCUCAACACUGUCAUGGAUGACAACAAGGUACCCCACACAGUUUGUGCAUGUCUUUAUGAGGACAUUUGCAUCCAGCUGAUUAAUCAGAGCACUAAAAUUGCAUUUAAACACUCCACUUGCAGCAAACAGAGAAUUAUGAAUAUUGAUCUAGUUAUGUCGUGCAUGUCUGUGCAGGUGCUUACUCUGGCUAAUAAUGAACGGAUCCCACUCACCCCCUCGAUGAGACUACUGUUUGAGAUCAGUCACUUGAAACAUGCCACGCCUGCCACCGUGUCCCGAGCUGGCAUUCUGUACAUCAAUCCUCAGGAGCUUAGCUGGAACCUAUAUGUUACGAGUUGGAUUGAUCGGAGGGAGAGACAAACUGAGAGAGCACACCUGACCAUUCUGUUUGACAAAUACAUCCCUCGCUGUAUUGAAAAAAUGAGAAGCUCCUUUAAGACGAUCAUUCCUAUUACUGAGAACAGCAUGGUUCAGACUCUGUGUUCCUUGCUGGAUUGUCUGUUAACUCCGGCGAACAUUCCGGCAGACACUCCACGGGAAAUCUACGAGACAUACUUUGUGUUUGCAUGUGUGUGGGCUUUUGGUGGAGCCACAUUCCAGGAUCAGCUCCAUGAUUUUCGGGCUGAGUUCAGUCAGUGGUGGAUCAAAGAGAUGAAGAGUGUGAAGUUUCCUGUACAGGGUUCUGUGUUUGACUACUAUUUAGAUCCUCGUUCCAGACGCUUCCUGCCAUGGACCGACAUGAUGCUCAUGUUUGAGAUGGACCCUGAUACACCUGUACAGUCUGUGUUAGUCCCAACAGCUGAGACGGUCAGACUGCAGUAUUUCAUGCGCAUGUUGUUGGAGACAUCUCAGCCUCUUAUGCUGAUUGGUGGAGCAGGCACUGGGAAAUCUGCUCUGGUCAGGAAUCUUCUGGAAACACUACCGGAGAACCUUGUAACCGCAAAAGUUCCCCUUCACUUUCAUAUCACUGCAACCAUGCUGCAAAAGGCAAUGGAGAAACCUCUCGAAAGGAAGGCUGGCAGGAGUUACGCACCCCCGAGAAACAAGAGACUCAUCUAUUUCAUUGAUGACAUGAACAUGGCAGCUGUGGACAGUUACGGGACCUCUCAGCCACAUGCUCUUAUUCGCCAGCAUCUGGAUUACAAGCACUGGUAUGACAGUAACAAGUUAACAAUGAAAGACAUACACAACACCCAUUAUCUCUCUUGUAUGAAUCCAACAUCGGGGAGUUUUACAAUUAACCCCAGACUGCAGAGGCAUUUCACCGUGUUAGCGUUCAGCACACCCAGCUGUGAGACCCUCAGCUCCAUCUUUGGCUCUAUCCUGAGCUUCCACCUGCAGAGGUUGCCGUUCAGCCCAGCUGUGGUGAGGAGUGCUCCAGCUGUGGUGAAAGCAGCUGUAGCCCUCCAUAACACGGUGCUCCGGCACUUCCUCCCCACCUCUAUAAAGUUUUACUGUCUCUUCAACCUGUGGGAUCUCUCUCAGCUGUUCCAGGGUCUCCUGUUCUCCAGGCCAGAGUGUAUUAGACAGGGUGCAGAUCUGGUUCGACUUUGGAUCCAUGAAUCCAGAAGAGUAUAUUCAGAUCGCUUUUCUGAAGCAUCUGACAUUCAGCUUUUCCAUAGGCUGCAGGCGGACAUCGCACGACAGGCCUCUGAGGAAAUAGAGGAAGAGGCAGUGUUGCAGGAGCCACUUAUAUACCUGCACAGCAGUGUGGGCUCUGCAGAACCUUCCUACCUGCCCAUAGCUGGAUGGGAGCAGCUCAGCUGUAUCCUCAAUGAGGCUUUGGACAGCUACAACGAGCUCCACUCUGCCAUGAACCUGGUGCUGUUCCAGGAAGCCAUGCAGCAUGUGUGUCGGAUCAGUCGCAUCCUGGCAUGUCCUAGAGGCCAUGCCCUCCUCGUAGGUGUGGGGGGCAGUGGCAAACAAAGCCUGACCCGCCUUGCCGCCCACCUCUCCAACAUGGAUGUGUUCCAGCCCACCCUCAGCAAGGGCUACGACAUACAGGACCUAAAGGCAGAUUUGGUUGAACUGUACUUGAAGACGGGGGUGAAAAACAUACCCACAAUCCUGCUCCUGACAGACGCUCAGAUCCCAGAGGACAGUUUUCUGGUCAUCAUCAGCACCCUGAUCUCAUCAGGUGAGAUCCCUGAUCUGUUGAGUGAAGAGGAGGUGGAUGGUGUUAGGAAAGCUGUGAGGAGCGAGGUGCGGGAACUGGGUCUGCUGGACAACAACGAGAACUGCUGGAGCUUUUUUCUGAAUCGAGUGCGACAACAGCUCAAGGUCGUGCUCUGCAUGUCUCCAGUAGGUAAUACUUUGCGUCUACGUGCCCGGCGGUUCCCGGCUCUGCUGAACUGCAGCACUCUGGACUGGUUCCAGGAAUGGCCCCUGGAGGCCCUCCAGUCUGUCAGCUUGAAGUUCCUGCAGGACAUCCCAAGUAUUCAGCCGGCCAUUCAGGAAUCCAUCAGUCUUUUCAUGGCCCAUGCUCAUGUGAGCGUCAAGCGGGUUAGUGAGCGUUACUGCCGCAAUGAGAGGAGGCACAACUACAGCACACCCAAGAGCUUCCUGGAGCAGCUGAGGCUUUACGAGAAUCUGCUGGGAAAGAGAGAGAGGGAACUGCAUCUGAGACACGGCAGGCUUCAGUGUGGCCUUCAGAAACUCAAGACGACGGCCUCUCAGGUUGAGGAUCUUACAGUCAAGCUGAACUCACAGGAAGUGGAGCUGACACUGAAGAACCAGGCCGCUGAGGCUCUCAUGGCCAGGAUCGGCCUGCAGACAGAACGACUGAGCCAGAAGAGACAGGAUGCUGACCUAGAGGAGCAAAAGGUGGCUGCCAUGCAAGCAGAGGUGUCACGAAGACUGAGAGAAUGUGAACGGGAUCUGGCUAAAGCUGAACCUGCUUUAGAGGCGGCUACAGCUGCUCUGCAAACUCUCAACAAGGUAAAUCUGACAGAGUUAAAGACGUUCCCAAAUCCCCCCGAGGCUGUGAUUAACGUCACCGCGGCUGUGAUGGUGCUGCUGGCGCCGUGUGGGCGAAUUCCACGAGACCGCGGGUGGAAGGCCGCCAGAGUCUUCAUGGGCAAGGUGGAUGACUUUCUGCAGGCCCUGCUUACUUAUGAUAAAGAGCACAUCCCUGAGUCCAGUCUGAGUGUGCUGAAGCAGGAAUACCUGAGAAACCCAGAGUUCCAUCCCGAUCACGUCCGGACCAAGUCCUACGCAGCUGCUGGCCUCUGUGCGUGGGCCAUCAACAUAGUGCGCUACUAUGAGGUUUAUUGUGAGGUUGCACCAAAGCGUCUGGCUCUGGCACAAGCCAAUACUGAACUGGAAACUGCUACUGCAAAACUAUUCAGUGUUAGAAAGAAACUGGAAGAUCUGGACAGGCACCUGCAAAGCCUAACAGCUCAGUUUGAGAGGGCGGCGGCUGAGAAACUGCGCUGCCAGGAGGAAGUGACACGCACCAGCCAGACCAUUGAGCUGGCCAAUCGGCUGGUGGGAGGCCUGCAGGCAGAAAACGUGCGUUGGUCGGAGGGACAGCUGGAGCUGGAGUCUCAGCUGAAGACGGUGUGUGGUGAUGUGCUUGUGGCUGCUGCUUUCGUCUCUUACGCUGGAUACUUCACACAGCCGUACCGUCACCAACUCCUUCACGACGAACUCAUUCCUUUCCUCCGAGAACUUCAAACCCCUAUCCCGCUGACAGAUGGUCUGGACCCUGUACUUACGCUGACUGACCAGGCCACCGUGGCAGGCUGGCAGAACCAGGGCCUGCCAGCUGAUCGGCUGUCCGUUGAAAAUGCAGCCAUCCUGAUGGCCAGCCAGCGCUGGCCUCUGAUCGUGGAUCCUCAGCAGCAGGCCAGCAAGUGGAUCCGAAAUCUGUACAGGCCCAACCUGAGGGUGCUGCAGUAUGGCCAGAAAGGGUAUCUGGAUGUUAUUGAGCAGGCUUUGGCUGCUGGUGAGGUGGUCCUGAUUGAGAACGUGAAGGAGAGAGUGGACCCUCUUUUGGAGCCACUGCUAGGAAGACAAACCUUAAAGAAAGGAAGGUUCAUCAGACUGGGUGAUAAGGAGUGCGAGUAUAACAGCAGUUUCCGUCUCCUUCUACACACGAAGCAAGCCAACCCUCACUUCCCCCCGGAGCUGCAGGCCCAGACCACACUUCUAAACUUCACAGUGACCCGCGCUGGCCUGGAGGAGCAGCUACUGGGGCAAGUGGUCACGCACGAAAGGCCUGAGCUGGAGACCAUGAAGUUGGAAUUAAGCACCCAGCAGAACUUGUGUCAGAUUGAGCUGAAGAGACUGGAGGAUGAGCUGCUGAGCAAACUGUCCGCAGCGGAGGGAAACUUCCUGCGAGAUACCGCCUUAGUGGAACAGCUGGAAUAUACGAAGAAUACAGCCAGACACAUCCAUAACAAGGCUGUUGCAGCUCGAGAGAACGAGAUAAAGACCAAUGAUGCGCGAGAUCUUUACAGGCCAGCGGCUGAGAGAGCGGCCCUACUCUACUUCAUCAUUAAAGAGCUCCACAACAUUAACCCCAUGUACCAGUACUCUCUCAAGGCCUUCAACAAAGUGUUCCUCAAAGCCCUUGCGAGAGCUCCUGGUGAUGAAGACGUAUCAGUGCGUGUUUUAUCUCUCACUGAGGCCAUCACCCACUCGGCCCUUCAGUACACCUGCCAGGGGCUUUUCCAGAGAGACCGACUCACCUUCCUCACCCACACCGCCCUCCAGAUUCUUCUGGCGAGGGGCUUCAUUGUGGCUCAGGACCUGGAGCUUCUGCUGCGAUUUCCUGUGGAGGUUUGUCAGAGCAGUCCCGUCUGCUUCCUGUCUGCACAGGCCUGGGGUGCCAUUAGGAGCUUGUCCAUGUUGGAUGCAUUCAGGGGUCUGGACAGGGAUGUGGAAGGUUCUCCCAAACGCUGGAGGAAGCUGGUGGAGUCAGAGUGUCCAGAAAGAGAACGUCUCCCUCAGGACUGGAAGAAUAAGAGUCCUCUCCAGAGACUCAUCAUUCUUCGAGCCUUUCGGCCUGACAGGAUGACCUACGCUCUCCGAAAUUUCAUUGAGGACAGUCUGGACUCCAAGUAUGUAGAUGACAGUCGAAUGGAGUUUGAAAAGUGUUUUGAGGAGUGCAAUCCCUCCACACCGGUGUUCUUCAUCCUUUCCCCUGGAGUCAACCCUGUCAAGGAUGUAGAAACACUUGGGCUGAAGCUUGGAUUUACCCCGGACCAGGGGAACCUCCAUAAUGUAUCCUUGGGUCAAGGACAAGAGAUCGUGGCUGAGAGAGCGUUGGAGACCGCUGCCAAAAAAGGACAUUGGGUCAUACUGCAGAAUGUUCACCUGCUGGAGCGGUGGUUGGGUCGUCUGGAGGAGCUGUUGGAGAACACAGGCAGCGAUGCUCACUCAAACUACAGAGUGUUUAUGAGUGGAGAACCGUCCUCCAGCUCCCAUGAGCACCUCAUCCCUCGCACCAUCCUGGAGAACGCCCUCAAACUCACUACUGAACCACCCACCGGCAUGAACUCCAGCCUACAUGCAGCUCUGGACAACUUCACUCAGGACACUCUGGAAAUGUGUUCUCAUGAGCAGGAGUUUAAAGGACUUGUGUUCUCACUGUGUUACUUCCACGCCUGUGUUACUGAGAGGAGGAAGUUUGGGCCUCAGGGUUGGAACCACAGAUACCCUUUUAACACUGGAGAUCUGACCAUCUCUGCCAGUGUUCUGUACAACUACCUGGAGGCCAGUACUAAAGUACCGUGGGAGGAUCUGUGUUAUCUGUUCGGAGAGAUCAUAUACGGAGGACACAUCACUGACGAGUGGGACAGGAAGCUCUGCCGUACGUACCUCCAGGAGUUCAUCAAUCCCAAGAUGUUUGAAGGAGAGCUGUUCCUGUGUCCUGGGUUUCUAGCUCCUCCUGAUCUGGACCUAACUGGGUAUCACAGCUACGUGGAUGAGAGAUUGCCCUCGGAAAGCCCUUGUCUCUACAGCAUGCACCCUAAUGCUGAGAUUGAGUUUAUGACGGCCACAUCUGAUGCCCUCUUCAAAACUUUACUGGAACUCCAACCUAGAGACUCAUCAACAGGAGAAGGAGCAGCACAGUGCACAGAGGAGAAGGUGAAGAGUGCUCUGGAUGAGCUGCUGGAGAAGUUACCGGAGGAGUAUGAUCUGGCAGAGCUCAUGUCUAAAACAGCCGAGAGGAGCCCCUACAUCCUGGUGUGCCUGCAGGAGUGUGAGCGAAUGAAUCUGCUGCUGGCAGAGAUACACAGAUCAUUAACAGAGCUGGACCUGGGACUGAAGGGUGAACGGAGUCUCUCCUCAGACAUGGAGCAGCUCCAGACGGCUCUGUUCUAUGACAGCGUUCCAGAGAGCUGGAGCAGGCUGGCCUUCCCUUCAACCAAAACACUGGCUCUGUGGUUCAGUGACGUUCUGGCUCAGUGUCGAGAGUUGGACACAUGGACUCAAGACUUUGUGUUUCCUGCUGUGGUCUGGAUCUCUGGACUCUUUAGUCCUCAGUCAUUUCUCACAGCAAUUCUGCAGAGUAUAGCUCGAAAAAACAAGUGGCCAUUAGAUCGGAUGAGCCUGUGUGUGGACGUCACCAAGAAAACCAAGGAUGAUUAUGGCCACCCCCCUCGAGAGGGAGCGUACAUUCACGGACUCUUCAUUGAGGGUGCUCGCUGGGAUAGCUCCUCGGGUCUGUUAUCAGAGGCUGUUCUGAAGGAGCUGACUCCAGCUAUGCCAGUGCUGUACAUCCGCGCGAUCCCCAUCGACCAGCAGGAUGUGAGGAACACCUACGAGUGCCCAGUUUACCGCACGAAACACCGCGGCUCCACCUACAUCUGGAGCUUCCGUCUCAAAACACAGCAGCCGCCUGCAAAGUGGGUUCUGGCAGGAACAGCGCUGCUUCUGUCCGUGUAGACAAACAACCGACUCCAUUCUGCUCACAGAGGUUGACUCGUAUACAUAGCAUCAUUUUUAGCUGAAAAAUGUGUUUUUGUUUCAUAUUAAAUGCAAGUAAGAUGUUAUGUUGUCUGAUGCGGGGCUGCACGAUCAGGCAAAAUAAAACCAAAAUCAUAAAUCAGAAAUGCUGCAAUUUAAUUAAAUAUAGAUAUACGCUGAGUUUCAGGUGAAGCACAUCUUUUACAUACAAACCUCUCACUAUCCAUGUUUUUAGUGUCUCAGAGUAGUUCAGUUCACAGUAAAUGAUUUUGCUGUGCAUUAUGUCGUUCAUUUAUUUAGAUACGCAACAUUCACCAGCCAUCUUCCCAAAAUUGUAAUGAAAGAUUAGAAACAAGCUGUUGUCAUCAUAAACACAUAUGCAAUACUGCAAUAAAAUGCAGUUUUCUGACAAAAAAGCUUGAUAAUUCAGUGUUUAAAAAUGACAUUAUAAACUGUGUGUGCGUGUAUGUGUGUGU